CCUUUUGGAUUGACCUAAGGUGGCAACCAUCAGAAACCAUCUUCCUAGCGGAUUAGUGGUUCAUUCUAUAUCAGAUUGAAUGCUUCUUCUUUAAAGGUUCUAGUUCAUGGUUGGACAGAGGCAACAGAGCAUUUGAAAUAGUACUACUCAAAAAAUGUUUGCCCUCAUGUAUAUGCUUCCCAGAUCGAAGAGACAAUCGACGUCAAAUCAAAUCUGUGUGCCUAUAAGCAUUCUUUUACUGCAAUAUGGAUGGGAGUUCCCUUUGAUUGCACUGUGACAUGACCGUACAUGUUGGAGGUAAAAGAACCCAUGGAAGAUAUCUGUUGUUGAAGCAGAGGGUUGAGUUCCUAGGGGACAAACCCAUUCCUUUGGGAGUGCAGGCCUUGCAACCUAUAGAACCAAUUGAAUUUAGUAGGCAACAGACUCAGCUGCCUAAAUUGACAACGAAUGAGAAACUGCAAAACCACAGGGUCUCUCCUGUUCCAGUGCUAGAUGCUAACACAGAAGAUCCGGGCAAGAACUCCUCUACAAUGAUUGAUCUCAACUCGAGGCCAAACCAGAUUCAUGGGCAGCCUUCAAAUACACAGGGGAUGAAUGCUUUAAAUGAUAGCAAUCACGAGUGUGCAAGUGUAGUUCCAGUGGGAUCUUGCAAUCAAGAUCUAGAGAAGUAAGCAAGGUAGAUUCUAUUCUUCUCAUUUAUGCUAGUUCACUGGUCUUUUUGUUUAACCAUUUCUUGGUUAAAGGAAGAAAAAGAAAAAGACAAGGAGCCUGACUCCUUCGGCCUUCUGACUUUUGGAUGUCCUAAAAAAGAAAAAGAUCAAAGUUGUUUAGACUAAUCACUGGUUAACAUCUAUAAACCAAUGCCAUGGUGCAUGGGGUGUUUUUUUUUCUAAAGGAGUGCAUGGGACUGAAAUGUACAAUGCAUCUCUUGAAUUUUUGGGGGAAUGCAUGGGAACUGUUAUACAUGUUUUGUUGAGUUCUUUUGAAAUGCUUUGUUUUGUAUGGUAAAACUCUCUUUAAAAUGAUGCUGAGUUAAGAAAAAAAGAAAGAAAAAGGAUUGCGAGUUAUGAUUUCCUGAGAUAUUUAGAGUUUCAUGAGUUGUAUAGAAGUUCACACUUCGUUAAAAGCUAGGGAGAGUCUCAGUUGCUAGCUUGUAUGCUAUAUUCAAAUCUUGGAUUAGUAUAAAUGCGUUGCUUUUGUACUUCUUUUCUUCUUAAACAAGGUAACCUAUACUAGUGGAA